AUGUUACAAUUAUAUGAUUUAUAUCAUAGAAACAAUACUACUAAUAAAUUAAAAACUUAUUUUCCAAGUCUUGUAUUACCAUCAUCACGUAUAUGGACACCAGAUUUAUAUGUAUAUAAUAAUGCAGAUGAUGGAAAGAAUGGUUUAUUAGAUGUAUCACAUAGUCGAGUACGAGUUAGUCAGAAAGGUGAAGUAACUUGGAAUUUACCAGUUAGUAUACGUAGUUCUUGUAAUGUUGAUGUAUUAUAUUUUCCAUUUGAUCAUCAAUUAUGUAAUAUACAAUUAGCAUCAUGGAUAUAUGAUCAAAGUCAAUUACAAUUAAAUAUUAUACCAAUGAAUACAACAAUUAUGUUAAAUAAAUUAAUUGAAAAUGUUGAAUUAGCUGUACCAGAAUUGAAAUUGUUUAAAGAUUAUCGCAUUACUGUUGGUGGACAAAAUAUUACUCAAAUUAACUUAAGAAUACAUAUUUAUAGACGAGCUAUAUUCUAUACUUAUACAGUGAUUGCACCAAGUAUAUUAUUAUGUAUAUUAACAGUAUUCAGUUUUUGGUUACCAAGUGGAAAUGUGAAAAAAAUCGAUAUGGGUUUAACAGUAUUUCUAUUUUUAUAUUUUCUACAAGUCAUGAUUGCAGAGAAUACACCGGAAUCAAAUUCUACACCAUUAAUUGGUACAUUUCUUACAAUGGUUAUGACAUUAAAUUCUAUAUCAUUAAUAUUUGCUACCAUAGUAUUACAUAUACAUAGACGUAGUAAAAAUGAACCAUGUCCAACACCACAUCCAUUAUUAUGGCGUCUUAUAAUUGGUAUAUUUGGUUAUUUAGCAAUGAUACCAUAUAAAAAAAUGAAUCAAUAUUCUACUCAUCUUAAUUGUAACCAUAACAAUUAUAUAGAUAAUGAUCAUAUUUCAUAUAAGCCAUAUAAAGGAGAUUAUAGAAAAAGUAUAAUAGAUGAAAGAGAUUUGAAUGAACAUGAACGAUUACAUAACAGUAAUGAUCCUAUCACUGAUAGUAAUAAUAAUAAUAAUAAUACUGAUCUAUACAAUCCAACCAUAGUUACAAAUGAAGAAUAUUCAAAAGAAGUAAACAUUAGACGUUGGUUAUAUAUUGCUAGAGUAGUGGAUAGAUUAUUAUUUCAAGUGUAUUUAAUUACAACAAUAAUAUCAAUUUUUGUAUUUCUUAUAUAUUUACCAAAUUCUUAUGAUAUUAAAUUGUAA